UAACCCUGCCCUGCAACGUCAGCUGUCAAGCCGACUGACUGUCAGUGUUUCAUUAGAUGUAACUACGUGUCUGAGUUUGCUGCUCAGUUUAGUUCAGUCUGGAGUUAAUGUUGUUCCCCGAAGCUGAGAAGUAAACACUCAGCGGCAGUUCUGGGGCUGUUUCAGCUCUUUCAGUUUUCCCUGUGAGGUUUAGGAGGAAGGAUGGUUGCGUAAUAUCCGCAGGGUUAAACCGGGGAAAGUUGUUUCCUCUGAGCGCUCGAGCUGUGUUGUGACUAUUCUUUUCAUUUCUGGAGCUUUAGGUGAGGUGAAAUGUUAACAGGAAAGAGAGGUGAAUGUCCGUGAAUGUAGCAUGCUUGCUAAUGCGCAACUGAAACUGAAACGGACGGGACGGGUCCACUUUAAAGACUCUUAGAGCAUGGAGGAGACGGACAAGCCAGCGGCUGGUCAAGAAGAGGACAGCGACGCUGCUGCAGAGUUGAGUCUGCAGAUCCAGCUAGUCGAGUGCCGAGCACAGCUGGAGCACUGGCAAGGUGUGGCGACGAUCUGCGAGCUGAGCAAACAGGAGGAGCUGCAGGAAUUGCAGAAACAGAGCGACCAGGAGAUCCAGUCGCUUCAAGAGGCCCUCAGAGAGACAGCAGCGCAGUAUGAGGCCAGAAUAUCAGCACUACAGUCAGAGCGUGCUCAGUGGAGGAGAGCAGGGCUCACUCCAGAUAACAAGGACAGUAUAAAGAAGGGAAGGACGGAGGGGGCCUCUCCACCUGCUGAGAAACUCAAGGGUGAGUCUCGGUCCCCCAAAGGUGCUGAUGCUGAAGGUGCAGUGGGGGACUGUGAGCCGCGGGAGCUGAUGAUUGAGCAGUCAGACAGUGAGAGCACAGGACUCCAUAUGGAAGGAUUUUACACCCAGCACUGCGACUCUGCCUCACUCUCCUCCUUUUCCCUUGACACUCCCUCCCUGCCCAGACGCCCAGCCCCUCAGGAUGACACUGCCUCCCUGGUUUCUACAGGAACACUGGUGCCCGAAGCCAUCUACCUGCCUCCACCGGGGCACAGACUGGUCACACAUGCAGAUUGGGAUUCACUCCAAGCACGGGUGGCUGAAUUACAGGGAGAGCUGACCCAGCUGAGAGAACAGAAGGCACAGCUUGAGAGAGAGCUGGACACACAGACUACAGAAACUCAGAAACAGGUGUCAGCGCUCCAGUCUCAGGUACAGACAUCUGAGGCCCUCCUCCUGGAGCUGCAGAAGUCCUUUAGCCAAUCACAGAACGCUGUACAGAGCAGACUGACAGAGCUGUCUCUCUCUCAGAGGAGAGUGUACAGUGAGCUGUCCAGGCUGAAAGGAGAAGAGGCGGAUGAGAACAGCACAACAGAAGAUGAACACCCACCUCUGUUGCUACAGGGAGCACACUCUGAAGAGAGGCUGCGGAUUGAAAUAGUGAACUUGAAGGAACAGUUGGAGAUGCGCACGGAAGAAAGUGAGGUCUUAGAAGCUCAGCUCUCCAGCUUGAAAAUAGAGACGGAUCGCAUCCAAAGCGAAAAAGAAAAGUUGGAGAGUGAGUUGCAAGAGUGUCGCACUGAGCUGCAGGGCCUUCGGGUGGCGCUCUCACACCUACAAAGAGACAGCAAGACACAGAGCCAUGACAAGACGGUUCUUCAGCAGCAGUGUUUAGAGCUGCGCAGUCAAGUGAUCAGUUUGCGCUCUCAGCUGGACACCAGUCAGGCUGUGCAGAGGGACUUUGUGCAGCUGUCGCAGUCACUGCAGGUGAAGUUGGAGCAGAUUCGUCAGGCAGAAUCCUUGGACCAAGUGAAGGAGAUCCUUGGGGAAGGACUUGAAGUAGACACUGACCAGUACAGCAGUGCCACGUGAGCUAACUGGAGACCAUCACCCUUUUGUGGACCAAAGUGAAAAGACAUCAGAAAUGAGCAUCAAAUUUUUAAAGUGUUGGGUUAAAUAAGGAGACGUGCCAUGUGUUUCAGUGAACACUGUUUUCACACUUCUGUUUAUCUGAAAUAUGACAAACACUUUACGUGCUAAGCUUAAUGUGCACAGAACUAAGCUUAAUAUUUUCUGAAACUGGACUAAUAACUGGUUCUACUUGAAUUUUAAGCUUUCAUAACAGUUCAUAAACUUUUUUACAGGUCUUUUUUUAUGAUCUUGUGUGUAUUAACAAGACAGGGUAGCUGUAAACUAAGAGUAUCAACGAGUCUCCUAUGGUGAGUCUUCCUUAUACCACCUGCUGUCUUUAUUAACACACACAAACAACACUUAAUUUCUUGAACUUGUUCACUUUAUAUUUUCAUUUCUGUUACCUGCUAAAGUUUCAUAACUGUGAGAAACUCCUAAUAGAAGUGCCACACUUGCUUUUUGCACACCAUUUGAUGCUACUGAAAAGGCUGGUGAUAUCACUAUGAUUCCAUAACUGUCCGAGCCAGAGAGCAGAGUCGACAUCUGCAUCAGGUUAUGUCAUAGCUGUGUUAAUAGUAACUUAAAACAUUGAUGGUUGUAGGGACGGCUACGGUGACCAAAAAUAAAUCUGUUAGAUAAGCAGCAACGCUUA